AUGAAGUCCUUCAAAGCUCUAGUGCUUUGCGCCAGUGCGCUGGUACUUGUUGGUCCGCACAAGGCUCGAUCGCUUCCGCUUGGCAAAGCUUUCAAGAAGCUGUGCUGCUCAAACGAAAGAGCCGGAGCAUCUGACAGCUCGGACUCCGAUGUCUUCGUUCCUCUCAAUAUCCCAGCAAGCCGUUAUAAGCCAUUCAACAAGCACAUGGAUGAAUACGCGGACCCGGUAAAAGAUGAAGAUCACCACUAUGGGGGCCUCAGAGAUCCAUUUCACCCGAAUGAUCCUACCAUUAUCCCGCCCAACGCGUGGGAGAAUACCGGUUUUGCCCACGAGUCUUUGUGGGAAGGUACUUCGCACCAGACGAAGAAGAGGGCUUUCUGGGCCUUUCCGGGCACCAGAUGGCAAGUGAUGCCAGAUGGCGAGCUGCACCAACUGGAGGGCGAAGGCGUCCCAAAGCGGGUCCAAGCGAAGCUGAGCGAUCACAAAUUUGACGCCAUUCACAAAGGAGAGGUGGUAGGUAGGUUCGAGUUGCCCUUUGAUCCAUCUGGUGGGCAGGCUUCGCUCAAAAAAGGGGUCUACGAUAUCGAACGCGAGCCAGUGCACGGGCGAGGCUCUGUGCUGAGACCGAAUUGGGAACAGGCCUUGAGGACAAUGAACGAAAUGCGUGUCAAGCAGAGGAUUGCGCAGGCAAAGGCCCAAGCAGAGGCGAAGCCCGCCCCGGAACCCGUUGCGGCACCGGCAGAGCACAUGACGGGAAAGCAAGGAGCCGCAACGAUGCCAGUAGCAGCGGAACAAGGACCAGCAAAGACCCCAGAUCAGGAGGAGCACCCGUGAACAACCACGUCGUCGGAUCUCUCUCGUGGCUCGACAUCUAGAUCAGACUCCUGCUGGCGGGUGGAGGCAGGUG